GUCGAAGCGCUUUAAAUUUAUAUUAAUCAAACUACUGCAAACCCUUCCGAUUAGUUUCACAAAAAACUCAAGGACACAAACUCGUACAAUGGACAUCCGUGAAUCCGUCGGUAACCACACCUACGUUUCUUUGUUGCUCGCAAAGCACCUGUUCUCGAACAAGUCCAAGGACGCCAACAUAGUCUUCUCGCCCUCCUCCAUUCACCCAGUGCUGGGCUUGAUCACUGCCGGGUCGAAAGGGCCCACGCUAGACCAGUUACUAACUUUUCUCAAGUCCAAGACCACAGAAGAGAUCAAUUCCCUCUCCUCCCAGCUUGUCACUCUCGUGUUCGGUGAUGGUGGGUCGCUUGGUGGGCCCCGCUUAUCCUUCGUCAACGGCGUUUGGGUUGAUCAGAGUCUCAGCUUGAAGCCGGCUUUUAAAGAAAUUGUUUCUACUGCUUAUAAGGCUGCUGCUAGUCAUGUAGAUUUUCAGACGAAGGCUGUUGAGGUAACCAAAGAGGUGAAUCUGUGGGCUGAAAAGGAAACGAGUGGCCUUAUCAAGGAGAUUCUUCCAUCCGACUCAGUUGAUUCUUCAACGAGACUCAUCUUUGCAAAUGCAGUGUAUUUCAAAGGAGACUGGGACCAGAAGUUUGAUGCUUCAAGCACGAAAGACUCGGACUUUUUCCUCCUAAACGGGAGCUCAGUGCAGGUACCUUUCAUGACCAGCGAAGAGAGACAAUAUAUUCGUGCUUUUAGCAGUUUCAAAGUUUUAGGUCUUCCUUACAAACAAGGUGAAGACAAGCGUAAGUUCUCUAUAUAUUUGUUUCUUCCGGAUGCCAAAGACGGACUUCCAGCUCUAGUAGAAAAAAUUGGCUCCGAAUCCGGAUUCUUAGAGAAUCACCUGCCUAAUCGACAAGUUAAAGUUGGUGCAUUCAGCAUUCCAAAAUUCAAGAUAUCUUUUGGGUUUGAAGCUUCUGAAGUCCUCAAGGGACUGGGAUUGGUAUUGCCUUUUUCUGGUGAUGGACUCACUGAAAUGGUUGAUUCUCCCACUGGUCAGAACCUUUAUGUUUCGAGCAUUUUCCACAAAUCUUUUAUCGAGGUAAAUGAGGAAGGUACAGAAGCUGCAGCUGCUACUGCUGGUGUUGUGAUGCUAUGUAGUUUUGUAAUAGAAGAUGAGUUGGAUUUUGUGGCUGACCAUCCAUUUCUGUUUGUUGUAAGAGAAGAUACGACCGGGGUUCUUCUAUUUAUUGGACAGAUUGAUAAUCCCCUCUUGGGUUAAUACUCUCACAGACAUACAUAAGCAUGUGUUGGUAGAUGAAGGCUUAGAUAUGUACGUUUAGCAUGCGUCUGUAGAUGAAGGCUUACAUAUGUAUGUUUGCUUGUAUUAUAAUAAUGAAACCAAGGAUCAACGAUGUUAAACCCUUUAACUUCCAUGUUAGUUCAGGUUG